CGGGGCGCCUGUUGCUAGGGGCGCCGUUGCCACGGACGCCCGCCCGGCGCUCGUCUCGCCUGAGCCCGGAGCUGCCGGCCCUGCGGCGCCAUGGACGACCUGCGGGUGCUGUGGAUGCGCGACCGCGUGUACACCGCCUUCGGCAUCACAGACCCUCAGCUCUUCGAGGAGCUGCUGAACCGCAACGACGGCGAGGUCGAGGAACUCAUCCUGCACUUCCUCAACCAGACCAGCGACGAGGAGGGCUCCUCGACUCUCUUCUUCUAUCGCAAGGUGGUGCCCGAGGAGGUGGAGGUGGAGAUCGACAGUGACAUUCCUGGACCAUCUGAGAAGGAAGAAGAGGAAGAAGAGACCGAAUCUCUAAAAGCAGAGUUGGCAGAUGGAGCAUCAGCUGAGAAUCUGAUGCUGAGAACGUAUUCCAUACCUCAGCCUUCCAUUGGCCCAGAGGAUGAAGAAAUGGACCAGGAGAGUGUAGAGAACCCGCCCGUCAAAAGAACUGUUAAGCAAAUCGUGGAAAAGACGUAUCUCCAUGUGCUUUGUACUCCUGUUCCUGAGGAGUUUCUGAACCAGAAUGUGGUGUAUUUUCUCAGAAAUACAAAAGAGACCAUCUCUGAGGCAACCGACAUGAAGGAAGCGAUGGAAAUUAUGCCCGAAACGCUGGAGUACGGAAUUAUAAAUUCGCAUGUGCUUGGUUUCCUGAAGGAUGUUAUAUGUCAGGUUUUCUUGCCAGCCUUGUCCUUCACUCAGCACAAGGAUGCGAGCCUAGGACUCACAUCUGGAGAAGUCUUGGACUCAUUUGAGUAUGACACAGACCUACCUAGCAUGCCCGGGGAAGCAAUAGAAUAUCACAGCAUUCAGUUAAUUCGGGAUGAAUUUUUAAUGAACAUCCAGAAAUUUGCAAGUAGUAUUCAAAGAACAAUGCAGCAACUGGAAGGUGAGAUCAAGUUAGAAAUGCCAAGCAUCAGUGUAGAGGGAGAGGUGUCUGACCUGGCAGCUGACCCAGAAACUAUGGAGAUUUUGGAGCAAUGUGUGAUAAACUGGUUGAAUCAGAUAUCUGCAGCUCUUGAGGGCCAGAUGAAAAAGACGCCUCAGGGCAAUGGUCCUCUGGCCGAAAUUGAAUUCUGGCGGGAAAGAAAUGCCACCCUAAGUGCACUCCACGAACAAACAAAGCUUCCAGUAGUCAGGAAAGUCUUGGAUGUGAUCAAGGAAUCAGAUUCUAUGCUUGUGGCCAACCUGCAGCCCGUCUUAACAGAAUUGUUCAAGUUCCACAUGGAGGCCGCAGACAAUGUGCGGUUUCUUUCCACGGUGGAACGACAUUUCAAGAACAUCACGCACGGAACUAGCUUCCACGUUGUCUUGGAGACGAUACCCUCCAUGAUGAGUGCCCUGAGGAUGGUGUGGAUCAUCUCGCGACACUACAAUAAAGACGAGAGGAUGGUCCCGCUCAUGGAGCGCAUUGCCUGGGAAGUUGCCGAGAGAGUCUGCAAAGUGGUGAACCUGCGGACUUUGUUCAAAGAGAACCGGGCUAGUGCACAACACAAAACCCUGGAGGCCAGGAACACCCUCCACAUGUGGAAAAAGGCCUAUUUCGACAUCCGGGCCAAGAUCGAGGCUUCAGGGAGAGAAGCUCGGUGGGAGUUUGAUCGCAAACGGCUGUUCGAGAGAACAGAUUACAUGGCCACCAUCUGCCAGGAUCUCUACGACAUCCUGCAGGUUAUGGAGGAAUUCUACAACAUAUUUGGUCUGGAGCUAAAAGCGGUGACUGGGGAUCCCAAGCGCAUUGAUGAUGUCCUGUGCAGGGUGGACAGCCUGGUCACCCCCAUGGAAAACCUGACCUUUGACCCCUUCAGCAUCAAGUGCUCCCAGUACUGGAAAUACGUGAUGGACAACUUCAAGAUCGAAGUCCUGGUUAUUGAGAAAGAAGCAAAAAACUUUAUUGACGAGUCUUUUAAGACACUUCGAUCAGCUGAAGCAGCAUUUGACAUGCUUUUAAAAUUUAAGCAUAUUCGUUCACGGGAGGCCAUUAAUCGACAAAUGAUGAUGAAAUUUAAUGAUAUUCUUGCACAGUACUGUAAAGAGAUUGACAUAGUUCACAAAAUCUUUGUUCAUAACCUUGACAACCCACCGCUGUAUAAGAAUCACCCGCCGGUAGCAGGUGCAAUCUACUGGGAACGGUCCCUGCUCUUCCGAAUUAAGCACACCAUCCUCAGAUUUCAAGAAGUAGAGGAGAUCUUGGACAGCGAUCGGGGAAGAGAAGUAAAGCAAAAAUAUCUGGAAGUGGGUAGGACCAUGAAAGACUAUGAAGAUAAAAUGUACGAGCAGUGGAAAGAGACGACAGAACAGGUCCUGCCGACUCUCAUGAAGAAGAGUCUGCUUACUAAGGCUUCUUCUGCUGGUGAUGAUGCCCUGAACUCUGACAAGGGGGCUGCUUUCACAAUCAACUUUUCACCUGCUCUCAGGGAGAUUAUUAACGAAACAAAGUACUUGGAACAGCUGGGGUUCCCUGUCCCCGAAUUAGCAAGGAACGUUGCCCUCCAGGAAGACAAAUUUCUUAGGUACACGGAUGGGAUCCAGCGUGUGCUGGACCAUUACCACACGCUCAUCGGAACGUUAAACGAGGCAGAGGCUCUUCUCCUUAACGACCAUUCCCAGGAAUUAGUCAGAGUGUUUAGGUCUGGAUAUAAGAGGUUAAACUGGAACUCACUAGGUAUUGCUGACUACAUAACUCGGUGCAAACAGGCCAUCGGGAAAUUUGAAUCCCUCGUCCACCAGAUUCAUAAGAACGCAGAUGACAUUUCUUCCAGACUUACCUUAAUAGAGUCCAUAAAUCUCUUUAAAUAUCCAGCCCCUAAAAGUGAGGAAGAACUCCCAGGUGUGAAGGAAUUCUUUGAGCACAUUGAACGAGAAAGAGCCAAAGAUGUGGACCACAUGGUCAGGUGGUAUCUUGCCAUUGGGCCCCUGCUGACCAAAGUCGAGGGGCUGGUCAUCCAUACCAACACGGGCCAGGCCCCCAGGCUGGCCUCCUACUAUGAAUACUGGGAAAAUAGAAUCUACGAGGUCCUGACGAAGCUCAUCCUGAAGAAUCUACAGUCCUUUAAUUCUUUAAUCCUUGGAAACGUCCCUUUGUUCCAAACGGAAACCAUUUUGACGGCGCCUGAAAUCAUCCUGCACCCCAAUGCAAACGAGAUCGACAAAAUGUGCGUCCACUGUGUCCGAAACUGUGUGGAGAUGACCAAGAAUUUUGUUCGCUGGAUGAAUGGCAGCUGCAUAGAAUGCCCCCCUCAGAAGGGAGAGGAGGAAGAGCUUGUUAUAAUCAGCUUUUACAAUGAUAUUUCUCAGAACCCUCAGAUAAUCGAGCAGGCUGUUAUGAUCCCUCAGAACGUCCACAGAAUUUUGAUCAAUCUUAUGAAGUACCUGCAGAAGUGGAAGCGGUACCGGCCGCUCUGGAAACUGGACAAAGCCAUUGUGAUGGAGAAGUUUGCCGCCAAGAAGCCUCCUUGCGUGGCGUACGACGAGAAGCUGCAGUUCUAUUCCAAGAUCGCUUCUGAAGUGAUGCACCACCCCUUGAUCAAGGAUGAGCACUGCAUCCGCCUUCAACUCGGACCCCUGGCGAGCACCGUGCAGGAAAACGCCAGGUCCUGGGUGUUUUCCCUCGGGAGGCUCCUCAAUGAGUCAGCCAGAGAGGAGCUCCAUAACCUGCAUGAAGAAAUAGAGUUCUUGUCCAAAAACCUGAAGAAGAGCCCCAGUACCCUUGAAGAUCUCAAGUUUGUCCUUGCAACAAUCGCAGAAAUUAGAAGUAAAUCUUUAGUCAUGGAACUAAGAUACCGGGAUGUCCAGGAGAGGUACCGCACCAUGGCGAUGUACAGUCUCUUUCCUUCUGAUGCAGAGAAAGAACUGGUUGCCAAUAUCGAGAGCAUGUGGUCAAAUCUGUUUAAUGAUUCGUUGAAUGUGGAACAUGCUCUGGGAGGCAUAAAGAGAACGUUCACAGAGAUUACUCGAGGUGAAAUAUUAAACUACAGACAGCAGAUAGAGGAUUUUGCAAAACGUUUUUAUCAUGAAGGCCCUGAUUCUGUUGGUGAAGAUCUUGAUAGAGGAGUAGAUCUUUUAGCCACUUUUGAAAAAGAGCUGAUGAGACGUGAAAAGAACCGCCAGGAGCUGGCUAAUGCUGAGAAGCUUUUUGAUCUUCCGAUUACGAUGUACCCAGCGCUGCUCAAAGUGCAGAAGGAAAUGAGCGGGCUGAAGAUGAUUUACGAGCUCUACGAAGGACUGAAGGUUGCAAAGGAAGAAUGGUCUCAGACGCUCUGGAUCAACCUGAAUGUUCAGUUUCUCCAGGAAGGAAUUGAAAGUUUUCUCAAGUCUCUUAGAAAGCUGCCCCGGCAGGUCCGAAAUUUAUCAGUGGCCUACCAUUUGGAAGCAAAAAUGAAGGCAUUCAAAGACUCGAUUCCUUUACUUCUUGACUUGAAGCACGAGGCUCUAAGAGACAGGCAUUGGAAAGAGCUUAUGGAGAAAACGGGUGUGAGUUUUGAAAUGACUGAAACAUUCACCUUGGAAAACAUGUUCGCUAUGGAGCUUCACAAGCACACAGAUGUCCUCAGCGAGAUUGUAACGUCGGCCAUCAAGGAGAUAGCCAUCGAGAAGGCUGUGAAGGAAAUCCUGGACACGUGGGAAAAUAUGAAAUUUACCGUGGUCAAGUAUUACAAAGGCACCCAGGAGCGAGGCUACAUCUUGGGGUCUGUUGACGAUAUUAUCCAGUGCCUGGAUGACAACACUUUCAACCUGCAAAGCAUCUCAGGAAGCAGAUUUGUGGGGCCUUUUCUGCAGACUGUUCACAAAUGGGAAAAAACGCUUUCUCUCAUAGGGGAAGUCAUUGAGAUUUGGAUGUUGGUUCAGAGAAAAUGGAUGUAUCUGGAAAGCAUCUUUAUCGGUGGAGAUAUCAGAUCACAACUUCCAGAUGAAGCAAAGAAGUUUGACAACAUCGAUAGAGUAUUUAAAAGGAUCAUGGGUGAGACCUUGAAAGACCCCGUGAUCAAGAGAUGCUGUGAGGCCCAGAACCGCCUCAGCGACCUGCAGAACAUCAGCGAGGGCCUGGAGAAGUGCCAGAAGAGCCUGAACGACUACUUGGAUUCCAAGAGGAACGGCUUCCCCAGGUUCUUCUUCAUUUCUGACGACGAGCUGCUCAGCAUCCUGGGCAACAGCGACCCCCUCUGCGUCCAGGAGCACAUGAUCAAGAUGUACGACAACAUAGCACUGCUGAGGUUUAAUGACGGGGACAGUGGAGAAAAACUGGUGUCUGCCAUGAUUUCAGCAGAAGGAGAGGUCAUGGAGUUCCGGAAGAUCAUCCGGGCCGAGGGGCGCGUGGAGGACUGGAUGACGGCAGUUUUGAAUGAAAUGCGAAGAACUAACAGGCUCAUUACCAAAGAGGCUAUUUUUAGAUACUGUGAAGACAGAACCAGGGUCGACUGGAUGCUCCUGUACCAAGGAAUGGUGGUGCUGGCCGCCAGCCAGGUGUGGUGGACCUGGGAGGUGGAAGACGUCUUCCGCAAAGUGCAGCAAGGGGAGAAGCAGGCCAUGAAGAAGUACGGCCAGAAGAUGCACCAGCAGAUUGAUGAGCUGGUUACUCGGAUUACCAUGUCCUUAAGCAGAAAUGACAGAAAGAAAUACAACACUGUCCUCAUCAUUGACGUGCACGCCCGAGAUAUAGUCGACUCUUUCAUACGGGGCAGCAUUCUCGAGGCCCGGGAGUUUGAAUGGGAAAGUCAGCUGCGGUUUUACUGGGACCGAGAACCAGAUGAGCUGAACAUCCGCCAGUGCACGGGGACCUUCGGCUACGGCUACGAGUACAUGGGUUUGAACGGAAGGCUGGUUAUCACGCCUCUCACGGACCGGAUUUACCUGACUCUCACUCAGGCACUGUCCAUGUAUCUGGGUGGGGCCCCUGCUGGCCCAGCAGGUACUGGCAAGACCGAGACCACCAAGGACCUGGCCAAAGCCUUAGGCUUGCUCUGUGUUGUAACCAACUGUGGCGAAGGCAUGGAUUACAAAGCCGUCGGCAAGAUUUUCUCUGGCCUUGCCCAGUGCGGGGCUUGGGGCUGCUUUGACGAAUUUAAUCGCAUCGAUGCCUCUGUGCUGUCAGUCAUCUCGUCCCAGAUCCAGACGAUCCGAAAUGCUCUGCUCCAUCAGUUAACCACGUUCCAGUUUGAAGGGCAGGAGAUUUCCCUGGACCCAAAGAUGGGCAUCUUCAUUACUAUGAACCCUGGCUACGCGGGCCGCACGGAGCUGCCCGAGUCGGUGAAGGCCCUCUUCCGGCCCGUGGUGGUGAUCGUGCCGGACCUGCAGCAGAUUUGUGAGAUCAUGCUGUUCUCCGAGGGCUUCCUCUGGGCCAAGACUCUAGCCAAAAAGAUGACCGUUCUGUAUAAGCUGGCCCGGGAGCAGCUGUCCAAACAGCAUCAUUACGAUUUUGGACUCAGAGCCCUGAAAUCAGUGUUGGUGAUGGCCGGUGAGCUCAAGAGAGGUUCUUCUGAACUUAAGGAGGACGUGGUGCUGAUGAGGGCCCUUCGAGACAUGAAUCUGCCCAAGUUCGUGUUUGAAGACGUCCCUCUUUUCCUUGGUUUGAUUUCUGAUCUGUUUCCCGGACUAGACUGCCGGAGGGUUCGCUACCCUGAUUUCAACGAUGCUGUAGAACAGGUGCUUCAGGAAAAUGGCUACGUCGUCUUACCUGUCCAGGUGGACAAGGUGGUUCAGAUGUUCGAGACCAUGUUGACCCGCCACACGACGAUGGUGGUGGGGCCCACGGGAGGGGGCAAGUCCGUGGUCAUUAAUGCUCUGUGUCAGGCCCAGACCAAGCUUGGGCUGGUGACGAAGCUGUACGUCCUGAACCCCAAGGCGAUGAGUGUCAUAGAGCUCUACGGCAUCCUGGACCCCACCACCCGAGACUGGACAGAUGGGGUGCUGUCCAACAUCUUCAGGGAGAUCAACAAGCCGACAGAUAAGAAGGAGCGAAAGUAUAUUCUGUUUGACGGCGAUGUGGAUGCCCUGUGGGUGGAGAACAUGAAUUCGGUCAUGGACGACAACAAGCUCUUGACGUUGGCCAAUGGUGAGCGUAUUCGGCUUCAAGCCCACUGUGCCCUGCUCUUCGAGGUUGGGGACUUACAGUAUGCCUCCCCUGCGACUGUGUCUCGAUGUGGAAUGGUUUAUGUAGAUCCUAAAAACUUGAAAUAUCAACCAUACUGGAAAAAAUGGGUUAAUCAAAUACAAAACAAGGCGGAGCAGGGUGAUUUACAAAAUCUGUUUGAGAAAUAUGUACCCUAUCUCAUUGAUGUGAUAGUGGAAGGAAUAGUGGAUGGAAGACAAGGAGAGAAGCUGAAGACAAUAGUUCCGCAGACAGACCUCAAUAUGGUAACCCAGUUAACCAAGAUGCUGGAUUCGUUGCUAGAGGGAGAAAUCGAGGACCCCGAUCUCCUAGAGUGCUACUUCCUCGAGGCUCUGUGCUGCUCUCUGGGCGCUUCCCUGCUUGAGGAUGGAAGGGCUAAAUUUGAUGAGUGUAUCAAACGCAUUGCUUCUUUGCCGACUGCUGAUACAGACGGGGUUUGGGCCAACCCCGGGGAACUGCCAGGUCACCUUCCAACCUUGUUUGACUUUCACUUUGACCUUACACAGAAGAAAUGGAUACCGUGGAAUAAAUUAGUUCCCGAGUAUGUUCAUUCCCGUGAGAGGAAAUUUGUUGACAUCUUGGUUCAUACGGUGGACACAACCCGUACUACCUGGAUGCUGGAACAAAUGGUUAAGAUUAGGCAACCUGUUCUUUUGGUUGGUGAAUCUGGCACCUCCAAGACAGCCACUACCCAGAACUUCCUCAAAAACCUGAACGAAGAGACUAACAUUGUGUUAAUAGUCAAUUUCUCCUCCCGCACCACGUCCAUGGAUAUCCAAAGAAAUUUAGAAGCCAACGUGGAAAAACGAACCAAAGACACUUACGGCCCACCCAUGGGGAAACGCCUCCUGGUGUUCAUGGAUGACAUGAACAUGCCAAAGGUGGAUGAGUACGGCACACAGCAGCCGAUUGCCCUGCUGAAACUGCUGUUGGAAAAAGGCUACUUAUACGACCGGGGGAAGGAGCUGAACUGUAAAAGCAUCCGAGACCUUGGCUUUAUUGCUGCGAUGGGGAAAGCGGGCGGAGGCCGCAACGAAGUUGACCCGAGAUUUAUUUCACUCUUCAAUGUCUUCAACAUUCCAUUUCCUUCAGAGGAGUCUUUGCACUUAAUUUAUUCCUCCAUCCUCAAAGGCCACACCUCGGUGUUUCACGAGAGCAUCUCGGCUGUAAGUGACAAGCUGACAUCCUGCACGUUGGCACUUUACAAAAACAUCAUUCAGGAUCUGCCGCCCACCCCAUCCAAGUUCCACUACAUCUUUAACCUUCGAGAUCUCUCACGGGUUUUUAACGGUCUUGUCCUCACUAACCCAGAAAGAUUCCAGACGGUGACCCAGAUGGUGAGAGUCUGGAGGAACGAGUGUCUGAGAGUUUUCCAUGACCGGUUAAUCAAUGAAACAGACACGCAGCUGGUCCAAGAGCACAUAGGCAACUUGGUCACGGAACAUUUUAACGAUGACGUGGAGGUGGUGAUGAGGGACCCCAUCCUGUUUGGAGACUUCCGGAUGGCUCUGCACGAAGAGGAAACUCGCAUUUAUGAAGACAUUCAGGAUUAUGAGGCAGCCCAGGCUCUGUUCCAGGAAAUUCUUGAAGAGUAUAACGAAAGCAACACCAAAAUGAACUUGGUUCUCUUUGACGAUGCUUUGGAGCACCUGACCCGUGUGCACCGCAUCAUUCGAAUGGACAGAGGCCACGCCCUGCUGGUCGGGGCUGGGGGCUCCGGGAAGCAGUCUCUGGCCAGGCUGGCUGCCUUCACAGCCGGCUACGAGGUGUUUGAGAUCCUCCUGAGCCGGGGCUACUCUGAGAACAACUUUCGGGAAGAUCUGAAGAACCUUUACCUGAAGCUUGGCAUUGAGAACAAGAGGAUGAUUUUCCUGUUCACGGAUGCACACGUGGCCGAGGAGGGUUUCCUGGAGCUCAUCAACAACAUGCUCACCUCAGGAAUUGUACCUGCUCUUUUCCCAGAAGAUGAAAAGGAGUCUAUCCUCGGUCAGAUUGGACAAGAGGCUUUGAAGCAGGGGACGGGCCCGGCCAAGGAGUCUGUGUGGCAGUACUUCGUGGAGAAGAGUGCAAAUAACCUACACAUCGUCCUGGGCAUGUCGCCGGUGGGGGACACCCUGAGGACCCGCUGCAGGAAUUUCCCAGGUCUAGUAAAUAACACUGGUAUUGACUGGUUCAUGCCCUGGCCUCCGCAAGCUCUGCACGCAGUGGCUAAGUCAUUUUUAGGGACUAAUACAAUGAUCCCAGUAGAAAAUAUCGAAGAUCUGGUAGAACAUGUUGUUUUGGUCCACGAAUCCGUGGGUGACUUCAGCAAACAAUUCCUACAGAAACUGAGACGUAGCAACUAUGUAACUCCCAAGAACUACCUGGAUUUUAUUAACACGUAUUCAAAAUUACUGGACGAGAAAACUCACUAUAAUAUAGCUCAGUGCAGGCGUCUGGAGGGGGGGCUGGACAAGCUGAAGGAGGCCACCAUCCAGCUGGACGAGCUGAACAAGAAGCUGGCCGAGCAGAAGAUGGUGCUGGCGGAGAAGUCGGCCGCCUGCGAGGCCCUGCUGGAGGAGAUCGCCACCAACACGGCCAUAGCGGAGGAAAAGAAGAAGCUGGCGGAGGAAAAAGCCAUGGAGAUAGAGGAGCAGAACAAGAUCAUCGCGGUGGAAAAGACGGAGGCCGAGACGGCCCUGGCCGAGGUCAUGCCCAUCCUGGAGGCUGCCAAGCUGGAGCUGCAGAAGCUGGACAAGUCAGAUGUGACCGAGAUUAGGUCCUUUGCUAAGCCCCCGAAGCAGGUGCAGACGGUCUGCGAAUGCAUCCUUAUCAUGAAGGGGUACAAAGAGCUCAACUGGAAAACCGCCAAAGGCAUGAUGUCUGACCCCAACUUCCUGAGGUCUCUGAUGGAGAUCGACUUCGAUUCAGUUACCCAGAGCCAAGUUAAAAAUAUCAGAGGCCUCUUGAGGACCCUCAAUACCACGACCGAGGAAAUGGAAGCUGUGAGCAAGGCGGGCUUGGGGAUGCUGAAGUUUGUGGAAGCUGUGAUGGGCUACUGUGACGUUUUUAGAGAAAUCAAGCCCAAGAGAGACAAGGUGGCCAGGCUGGAGCGGAAUUUUUACCUGACCAAACGCGAGCUGGAGAGGAUCCAGAAUGAGCUGGCCGCGAUCCAGAGAGAGCUGGAAGCUCUGGGGGCCAGAUACGAGGCGGCCAUUCUGGAGAAGCAGAAGCUGCAGGAAGAAGCCGAGGUCAUGGAGAGACGGCUCAUCGCGGCCGGCAAGCUCAUCUCGGGGCUGGGGUCCGAGAACGUCAGGUGGCUGAACGAUUUGGACGAGCUGAUGCACCGGCGGGUGAAGUUGCUGGGCGACUGCCUGCUGUGCGCAGCCUUCCUGAGCUACGAGGGCGCCUUCACGUGGGAGUUCCGGGACGAGAUGGUCAACCAGGUCUGGCAGAGUGACAUCCUGGAGCGGGGCAUCCCCCUGAGCCAGCCCUUCCGACUCGAGAACCUGCUCACGGACGACGUCGAGAUCAGCAGGUGGGGCUCCCAGGGGCUGCCCCCCGACGAGCUCUCGGUCCAGAACGGCAUCCUCACCACCCGGGCCAGCCGCUUCCCGCUCUGCAUCGACCCCCAGCAGCAGGCCCUCAACUGGAUAAAGAGGAAAGAGGAGAAGAACAACCUGCGGGUGGCUUCCUUUAAUGACCCCGACUUCCUCAAGCAGCUGGAGAUGUCCAUAAAGUACGGGACACCUUUCCUGUUCCACGACGUGGAUGAGUACAUCGACCCUGUGAUUGAUAACGUCCUAGAAAAAAACAUAAAGGUCUCCCAAGGACGGCAUUUUAUCAUACUGGGAGACAAGGAAGUGGACUACGAUUCGAAUUUCAGACUGUACCUGAACACCAAGCUGGCCAACCCCAGAUAUAGCCCAUCCGUGUUUGGGAAGGCCAUGGUCAUCAAUUAUACGGUCACGCUGAAAGGCCUGGAGGACCAGCUGCUGAGCGUGCUGGUGGCCUACGAGAGGCGAGAGCUGGAGGAACAGCGGGAGCACCUCAUCCAGGAGACGAGUGAGAACAAGAACCUGCUGAAGGACCUGGAGGACUCCCUCCUCCGGGAACUGGCCACCUCCACGGGGAACAUGCUGGACAAUGUGGAGCUGGUGCAGACCCUGGAGGAGACCAAAUCCAAAGCCACAGAGGUAUCAGAGAAGCUCAAGCUGGCGGAGAAGACAGCCCUGGACAUCGACAGGCUGCGGGACGGCUACCGGCCGGCCGCCCGGAGGGGGGCCAUCCUGUUCUUCGUGCUGUCGGAGAUGGCCCUGGUGAACUCCAUGUACCAGUACUCCCUGAUCGCCUUCCUGGAGGUCUUCGGGCUGUCGCUCAAGAAGUCGCUGCCUGACUCCAUUCUUAUGAAGCGAUUAAGGAACAUCAUGGACACGCUGACCUUCAACGUCUACAACUAUGGCUGCACAGGGUUGUUUGAGAGGCACAAGUUACUUUUUUCUUUCAAUAUGACUAUCAAGAUAGAACAAGCAGAGGGGAGAGUCCCCCAGGAAGAAUUAGAUUUCUUCUUAAAAGGAAACAUUUCCUUGGAGAAAAGCAAACGGAAAAAGCCCUGUGCUUGGUUGUCCGACCAGGGAUGGGAAGAUAUCAUUCUUUUAUCAGAGAUGUUUCCGGACAACUUUGGGACUCUUCCUGAUGAUGUGGAGAAACAUUUGACUGUCUGGCAGGAGUGGUAUGAUCUGGAUUCACUUGAGCAGUUGCCAUUCCCCCUGGGUUAUGAUGACAACAUCACCCCUUUCCAGAAGUUGCUUAUUUUGCGCUGUUUCCGUGUGGAUCGGGUAUAUCGGGCUGUGACUGACUACGUGACUGUAACAAUGGGAGAGAAGUACGUGCAGCCUCCGGUGAUCAGCUUCGAAGCCAUCUUUGAACAGAGCACCCCCAACUCGCCCAUCGUGUUUAUCCUGAGUCCUGGCUCUGACCCUGCCAGUGACCUUAUGAAAUUAGCCGAGCGCAGUGGUUUUGGAGGCAACCGCCUCAAAUUCCUUGCCAUGGGUCAAGGUCAAGAAAAGGUGGCCCUGCAGCUGCUGGAGACGGCAGUGGCUCGCGGGCAGUGGCUGAUGCUGCAGAACUGUCACCUCCUGGUCAAGUGGCUGAAGGAUCUGGAGAAGUCCCUGGAGAGGAUCACGAAGCCCCACCCCGACUUCCGCCUGUGGCUCACCACUGACCCCACCAAGGGCUUUCCCAUCGGGAUCCUGCAGAAGUCCUUGAAGGUUGUCACCGAGCCACCCAAUGGGCUGAAACUUAACAUGAGAGCAACAUACUUCAAGAUCUCUCCCGAGAUGCUGGACCAGUGCCCACACCCUGCUUUCAAGUCCCUGGUCUACGUCUUGGCAUUUUUCCAUGCGGUGGUGCAGGAGAGGAGAAAGUUCGGGAAGAUUGGGUGGAACGUGUACUACGACUUCAACGAGUCUGACUUCCAGGUCUGCAUGGAAAUUCUGAACACAUACUUAACAAAAGCCUUCCAGCAGCAUGACCCUCGGAUCCCGUGGGGCAGCCUCAAGUACCUAAUUGGGGAGGUCAUGUAUGGAGGUCGGGCCAUCGACAGCUUUGACCGGCGUAUCCUGACCAUCUACAUGGACGAAUACCUGGGAGACUUCCUUUUUGAUACCUUCCAGCCGUUCCACUUCUUCUGGAACAAGGAAGUGGACUACAAAAUCCCCGCGGGGGAUGUCAAGGAAAAAUUUGUUGAAGCCAUUGAGGCCCUCCCGCUGGCCAACACGCCUGAAGUGUUUGGUCUUCACUCCAAUGCUGAGAUUGGAUAUUACACCCAGGCGGCUCGAGACAUGUGGUCCCACCUGCUGGAGCUGCAGCCUCAGACAGGGGAAUCCAGCACUGGCAUCAGCCGAGAUAAUUACAUUGGCCAAGUGGCCAAGGACAUAGAAAACAAGAUGCCCAAAGUCUUUGACUUGGACCUGGUCAGGAAGCACCUGGGGACGGGCAUCUCCCCCACCUCGGUGGUGCUCCUGCAGGAGCUGGAGCGCUUCAACAAGCUUGUCACACGGAUGUCCAGGUCCCUGGCUGAACUUCAGAGGGCCUUGGCUGGAGAAGUUGGGAUGAGCAGUGAAUUAGAUGAUGUAGCCAAGUCUCUCUUUCUCGGGCAAAUUCCCAAUAUCUGGAGAAAGCUUGCCCCUGACACCUUAAAGUCCCUUGGAAACUGGAUGCUCUACUUCCUGCGGAGGUUCAGCCAGUACACGACGUGGGUCACUGAGGGCGAGCCAGGCGUGAUGUGGCUUUCGGGGCUGCACAUCCCAGAAUCCUACCUCACGGCCCUGGUGCAGGCCACCUGCCGGAGGAACAGCUGGCCGCUGGACCGCUCCACCCUGUUUACCCAAGUGACCAAGUUCCAAGAUGCAGACGAAGUGAAUGAGCGGGCAGGACAAGGAUGCUUUGUCUCAGGACUGUAUCUGGAAGGCGCUGACUGGGAUAUAGAAAGGGGAUGUCUUAUCAAGAGCAAACCCAAAGUGCUGGUCGUGGACCUGCCGAUCCUGAAGAUCAUCCCCGUUGAAGCCCAUCGCCUCAAACUGCAGAACACCUUCCGGACGCCCGUCUACACCACGUCCACGAGAAGGAACGCCAUGGGGGUCGGCCUGGUUUUUGAAGCCGAUCUUUUUACCACGAAGCACAUUUCUCACUGGGUCCUGCAAGGGGUGUGCCUCACUCUGAAUUCUGAUUAACGCUGUGUGUGAAGAAAACGGCAAGAUGGAUUCUAAGUCUGUGGCUGGCGGCGGAUGUGCUGGGAAUUCGUAAAGACUGAUCGUCUGCUCUCACUUCUUGGGGCCUCUCGAGGCAGGAGGGGGACGGACACUACUUUUUCUUUCAUUUGAAAUCAUCCAUUUAAGUAUUUCCAUACAAGUUUUAUUAUUUUAAACUAAGGAUUCUAUGUAUUCAGAAAGUAAAUUC